AUCGAUUGAACGAGCUUCUUGAACUCGAUCACUACGCAUCGCUAUUUUCAUGGUCGUUCUGGUUAUUGUACACUGAAACUCUGGCAACCAAGCAAGGUUGUACGCCCCUUUGUGCAUUAGACGGACAAGGGGCAUUAUUCUUUUGAAAUUGCGUAUAAGCGCUCUUUCAGACAUGAAGCGCUGAAGUUUUGGGCACAAUGAACUUGCACUGACCCUCGCGAUCGGGGGCAAAAAAUGACAACGAAAACUCGUACUUUGAGGCCUUUUGAGGCCAGACAAAAGCAAGGUCCCCCGAUGGUCUAGAUGCUUUCGAGUUUAAGUAUGUGCCCUGCCCCUUGCAGCGUGAAUGUUCAUACAAUCAUCUCUCGGGACAUCAAUUUUUGCCGUGCGGCGCCACCAUUGCCGUAUAUAAAUCCUCGUUGCAUUUUCUUGGUUGCUCGGUCCCCUCAUCUCUCCUUUCUUUACCCCUCUCUCCACUCUCUUUCCCCUCUCGUUGUGCUGUUGUGCACCAGUCCUUCUUUCCAGACAGCUCACUCUUUUAUAGCUGUUCUUUCCCCGUGCUUUUCCAUCCAAAUUGUUCAUUUAGAAAUCGCACCGAAUCGGAAAGAUGUUUGUUUUCAAGACUCUCGUUACCGUCAUCGCUUUCAGCCUUUCAUCAGUUUCCGCUGCUCCUCACGGUCUUCGAGGAAGAUGCAAGCACACCGGGAAGGGUACCGUGUCUGCUUCUGCUGCUCCUGCAGAAGCCACUACCACCGAUGCCACCAGCACUUCGUCUGCUAGCGUGGCCACCCCCUCGGUAAGCAGCAGCGUUGUUAGUAUUUCCAGCAGCGCACCCUCCCCUUCAAGCAGUGCUGCUGCUUCCUCUGCUGCUGCUCCCUCGGCUUCGGCCUCUUCAUCUUCGUCUUCGUCCGCAUCCAAACCUGCCAGCUCUUCCUCCGCAGUCCCUGCCCCUGCCCACACUUUCGCCUCCUCCGUUCUCAACGCGCUUCUUCCUGUGAGCCGGAAUGUAUUCUGGUCCACUGCUCAGGAAGCCCCCGAGGCUCGCCCAUUGAGCGAUUCUACUUUCCGUCCAACCAGAAUGAUCCAGGAUCUCGCUCACAAUUACGUCGAUCAUGAAGGCAAGAAGGCUAUGCAAGCUCACUACCCCAAGGGCUCAUACACUUUCACUCACUCGCCCAAGGGUGGCAUUUCUUUCUACGCGCCGGGUCCCUCUGAUAUUGAUUUGACCUCUGCCAAGGAGGUCACUCUCGGUUAUUCUGUCUUCUUCGAAGAUGGUUUCGAGUUCGUCAAGGGUGGCAAGCUUCCCGGUCUCUAUGGAGGUGACAGCGACGAUGAGGCCAUCUCUUGCUCGGGUGGACGUCGCGACGACGGUUGCUUCUCCGCUCGUAUGAUGUGGCGCACUGACGGUGCUGGAGAACUUUACACUUACCUCCCUCCCUCCGCCGCCGCCAACAAGGCUGUCUGCAACGUGAAGCCUCUGUCCACUUGCAAUGACGAUUACGGUGCCUCUGUCGGUCGUGGUGCUUUCACCUGGAAGACCGGCCAAUGGAGCACUAUCAGCCAGCGUGUCCGUCUCAACGACCCUGGCCAGUCCAAUGGCGAAUUGGAAUUGUUCUAUGAGGGCCAAAGUGUCAUUAAUGUCGGGGGUCUUGUCCUUCGCGACAAGGACGUUGGCAGGAUCCGCGGUAUUCAGAUGCAGACUUUCUUUGGAGGUUCGUUCGGACAGUUCCUGGGCUUCCCCCAAGGACCAAGACGUCUUCUUCGCCGACUUCUCCGUCGCCGUCACCCAGAAGCUUUGAGCAGGCAUGCGAACGACAUUCACGACAGUCACAACACUUCAACCAUCACGCGACCCCUCUUUUGGAGAGAUUUAACACUAAGCCGGACGCCUCGAAUACCUCGACGCUCCGCUCACCGUCGUUACUGACGCGCGUACGCACACGCACAACGCGACACUACCGCUCAUUGCCCCACCCACUCACUCACUCACUCGCUCACACGUUCUUGUUGACGGUGUAGCUCAAUGCUCACCGCUUACCUCGACCUUGCAGGUCGUGCUCUUUCCUUGCUUUCAUCUAUCGUUAUCUUAUUGCUUGAUGCAUCUUUUUUCUUUCUUGCUCUGAAAUGCUUGAUCGCAUUGCUACUACUGACGACACUGGUAUCCUGUCGUACGAUACGUUGGACGUGUUGCUGGAGAGUUUAUGGUUGAUUUACCGCUCUGACGAGGCUCGAUGCUCGAGAGCUUGGAUGUCUUUACGAUGUACGCUGGAAUACAUGAGGUCCUAUUGCUCUGCAUGCUUCAGAAUCCGCGGCCCAACAACUAAAGG